UUUACCGAGCGGCGUCGCCCUGGCAGGGAGGGGGGAAAUCGAUCUCGAGGCGGAGAACGGGAGGCACGGCCUCUCGGGGAGAGGGAUCGUUUUCGCGAUGAGUCGGGGUCGGUAGCGCGGAUCGGCGUGGUCUCAAUGGUGCAGUGUAUCUCUAUGGUGUGGCGCAAGGUGCUGAGGAAGCGUUGGGUCCUCGCCGUGGUGUUCGGCCUCUCACUCAUCUACUUCCUGAGCAGCACCUUGAGGCAGGAGGAAAAAACCAUACUUGAUAGAAACUUGAUGCAACUUCGAGGUUCCGAGAGACGAAUUGUGUUAAAGGUGCGUUUCAACCUUGGUAACAGCAGCAGGCCAUAUACACAAUGUCGAAACUCCAUCCAGGGUAAACUGCUCAUUACAGAUGAACAGGGCUAUGUAUGUGAAAGGAAAGACCUGCUUGUGAAUGGCUGCUGCAGUGUAAAUGCACCUAGCACAAAGUUGUAUGCAUGUGAUACUUGUUUGCCCAAUGACUGCUGCACUGUGUAUGAAUACUGUGUCUCCUGUUGCCUACAGCCAAACAAGCAACCUCUGUUGGAGCGUUUUCUAAACAGGGCUGCAGAAGCCUUCCAGAAUCUGUUUACAGCAAUCGAAGAUCACUUUGAGCUUUGCCUGGCAAAAUGCAGAACAUCAUCUCAGAGUGUUCAACAUGAGAAUAACUACAGAGAUCCUGCUGCAAAAUAUUGCUAUGGAGAAGAUCUGCCAGAGCUCCUUCCACUUUAAUCAAUGUUAUUAGAACAGCUGUCAUAACGAAACUUUAUAUCAACCUGACUGUGUGGAAGGAUUGCAGAGAUUUUGCUAAAACGAGGAAAUUACAUUUUUUUUCUACAUCAUUAUUUAAUAUUUAUUUUGUUUCAACUUUUGAACUGUCUUAAUGGCAGCAAUCAAGGCAACCAAAUGCAAAACAAUACUCCUCCAAAAUGUGUAAUUAGUGCUUUGCUCAAUAUUGCAACCUGAGCAGACAACUGGCAGCAACUAAAGAAUCAUCAGCUACACUAAUUACAGUUUAUUUGCAUAUUUGGAAAUUAAUUUGAACAAGAUAUGUAAAUAUAUGCAUGUGUUUAUCAAAAUUAAGAUGUAUACAACUCUUGAUUUAUGAGCAGUUCAGACUUUCCUGCUUACUAUUCAUAAAGCAAUAUGAUCAUAUGAUGGAUGGAAUUACAUUGAAAUCUUUUAUGUUUUGAACAUCAGUGAACCGUGAUAUUUUGUGCAGCAAGAUUGAAUUGUUUUGCUUAAAUAUAGGCUGUGAACAUUCAAGUGUGUUUAUAUUAGGUUAUCUCCACUCCAUUUCUAAAUGAUAAUUAUUGUGUUUUGACCUUAAUGUUGCAUUCAUAUCUUCAGUAAAGAUGUAGCUGUUUAUCUGAGCUAUACCAAAUAAAAACUAAAGUGAUAUGCUAUGGCUGAAGUUUCCAAAAAAAUAGGUUACUUCAGGAAAGAGGAGGCAAAAAUUGAUAGGAGCAUUUCUUGCAGUAAGAUGCAAUUCCGAACAAAAGAGGAAAGAAAGCAUGUUUGUUUCCUAAUUAUCUUUUGAAUAAGGCAAUGGUACUGAAAGUCAGUAAGUUUCAUAAAAAGCUAUAAUAGAGCCUCAGCUUUUGUAAAAAAUCAAUCCUUUAGUGAAUGCCAGAGGUUGAAAGGUGAUUGUCGUACAUUAUUUUCUUUCAUUUGAAAGAGUCUCUAGGCAAAUAAGCCAGAAGUAAAAUAUUGUCAUUAAAAUAUGAAACAGCAUUGUUUGUGCUUGUUGUUCCAUAUAGUUGUAUAUUAAAGACAACUUAUACUGCAGAGAGCAUCUUCCUAAGAAUAAAUCAUGUGUUUUUGUUUUAUAUUUGAGGCGCUAUUAACUUAAUGUAAGCUAACUUAAUUUGUGUAUGGAGACUGUGUAA